UUAUGACGUCUAUACGUCAGUCCCUCUGAGUUCUGCUAGUCACUUUAAUAUUUGGCUGCUCCUUACAACUUAGUUCACUCAAAAGAACAACAGCUCUAUUUAAUAAAAAUAAUUUUAAUCGACAAAAAAUGGUAACCAAAGACGAUCUAGACAAAGACCAAAUAGCUCUACUAAAACGAGCUUUCGAUGCCUUCGCUCAAGACAAAGGAUACAUUGAAGCCAACAUGGUUGGUACGAUUCUUCAAAUGUUGGGUCACGACGUUUCCGAGGACCGGUUACAAGAAAUUAUUGCUGAGGUCGAUGCGGAUGGGUCGGGACAGUUAGAAUUCGAAGAAUUUGUUACACUAGCAGCUGGAUUCUUAACUGAAGAUGAACCGGAAGACGUGGAGGCUAUGCAAGCGGAACUAAAAGAAGCGUUUAGAUUAUAUGAUAAAGAAGGAAAUGGAUACAUAACCACGGAUGUUUUAAGAGAAAUACUCAAAGAAUUAGACGACAAAAUAACAAAUGAAGAUCUAGAUAUGAUGAUAGAGGAAAUCGAUUCUGAUGGUUCCGGAACUGUCGAUUUUGACGGUUAG